UCAUGUACAUAAGAUUACGGUUAAUGUGCUAUCACUUAAGUUUAUGUUCCAAACUAGGUAAACCACCAUAUAGUUUUUCUUCCAAUUUUUUCUUGUUUUGAGAGAAUGUUUUUCUUCCAGUUUUAAAAUUUUUAAGUAUGUCUGAAAUGCAAUAUAUCCAACUUUUCUUUGUUUGGCUACUCUCCAUUAUAGCAGUUCGAGCCAUACUAACUAGAAAGAAGAACAAGAACCGCCGUACUCCACCGUCUCCUCCAGCCUUACCUAUCAUUGGACACCUUCACCUUAUUUCUAAAGUACCUCACCAAAGUUUUCACAAACUCUCAAAACACUAUGGUCCUAUAAUGCAACUUUUUCUUGGCUCUAAGCGAUGUAUAGUAACUUCAAGUCCAAAUAUCGCAAAGGAGUUUCUAAAAACCAAUGAAACUUUCUUCUCGAACCGUUUUGCAAAUGCUGCAGUUCAGCAAAUAGAAUAUGGCUCAAAGGGAUUUGUGUUUGCACCCUAUGGUGACUAUUGGAAGUUUGUUAAGAAGUUGUGCAUGUCAGAGCUUCUUGGUAAAAGAACACUUGAUCAAUUCCUUCCAUUGAUGCAACAAGAGUCAUUGAGAUUCUUAAAACUUUUGCAGAAGAUAGGAGAAGCUGGCAACGCCGUUGAUGUCGGCGGCGAGCUCUUAACUCUCACCAAUAACAUUAUAGCAAGAAUGGCAAUAAGUAAAACAUGUUCUGAAAAUGAUAGUGAAGUUGAAGAAAUUAGGGAGAUGCUGAAGGACAUUUUAGAGCUUGGAGGGACGUUUAAUGUGUCAGAUUUUAUUUGGGUUUGCAAGAAUUUGGAUUUACAAGGAAUACAUAAAAGGCUUAAAGUUGCUAUGGAAAGGUUUGACAUAAUGUUGGAGAGGGCCAUAAGGGAACAUCAAGAGAAAAGAAAGGUAAAGGGUGAAGGUGCUCAUGAUAGGGAUAUACUUGAUAUUUUGUUGGAAAAACUUGAGGAUAAGAGCUAUGAAAUAACAUUGACCAGAGAGAAUAUCAAGGCUUUUAUUAUGGACAUGUUUAUUGCGGGAACAGACACAUCUGCGAUAACAAUGGAGUGGGCUUUGGCUGAGUUGAUAAACAACCCACAUAUAAUGGAGAAAGCAAGGCAAGAGAUUGAUUCAGUAACAGAAAAUAGUAGAUUAAUUCAAGAACCUGAUCUUCCUAAACUUCCAUAUUUGCACGCAAUACUCAAAGAAACCCUUAGAAUUCACCCUACAGUACCACUUAUCGUUAAAGAAGCAUCCGAAAGUUGCGUCGUUUAUGGUUAUGAUAUUCCAGCAAAGACAAUUUUAUUUGUUGAUUUGUGGUCAAUGGGUAAGGAUCCCAAACUGUGGGAAAAUCCGCUCGAGUUCAAGCCGGAGAGGUUUAUGAGUGAAGGGAAUAAGUUUGAUUUUAAGGGACAGAAUUUGCAAUAUAUGCCAUUUGGAACUGGAAGAAGGGCUUGCCCUGGUGCUUCAUUAGCACUUCAAGCUGUUCCAACAAAUCUUGCUGCAAUGAUUCAAUGUUUUUAUUGGAAGGUUAGUGGUGAUGGAACAGUUAACAUGGAAGAGAAACCAGCUUUGACCCUUCCUAGGGCUCAUCCUUUGAUGUGUGUCCCUAUUCCUCGUUUUAAAAGCAUUCCUUCUAAUUAAGAAAGCUUUUAUAUGUGUUUAGUCCCUCCAAACAGGGAUCAUUUAAAAAAUGGUCCCUAUAUUCCUUAAUCCUGGUAUUUUGUCCUGUCAAAAUUUAAUCACUUAAAAAUUGGUCCCUCAGCCCAGUUAAUUACUGCCACGUCACUGUAAUUACAAAUGUGGAAUUACAAAAAUACCCCUGUAAUUAGUGACGUGACAGUGAUUAAGUGGGGAGGGGACGGAAUUUUAAGUGAUUAAAUUUCUGCAGGGCAAAAUGCAUGGAUUAAGAAAUACAGGGAUCAAUUUUUAAAUAACAUCUAUUUGCAGAGACUAAAUACAUAUAAAAGCCAUUAAGAAAAGAGUUGAAUUGGAACUUAUUGGUCAGGAGUUUGAAUUGAAAGGGCAUUUCAUUUACAGAAGAAAUAAGAAGAUGAAGUGGCGAUCACUUGACACUACGUGUUUCUAUGGGUUCAUUUCGGUUAAUUUAUUUUUAAGCUUAUGAAAAAUAGUUUAUUCAAAGAAAUAAGUUUUAAGUUAAUUUAUAAGAUGUUAUUAACGAAAGUUGUAUCUUCAUAAACUACUUUCAUAUUCAUAAAUUCAUGAAUAAUGUAUAAAAACUUAUUUAUUUUCAUAACUGAAACAAAUCAAUCCAAACACGCGUAUAGUCGUAUUCUUUGAGUUGUUUUGGCAUGGGUCUUUAGAUUUUUUGGAAUUGUGUUUUGGGUUGGUUGGUCCGUAUACCUUGUAAUAAGUUUAUGUCACUAUCAGCGUGGUACCUUGCUACUUGAUCUUAUAUAAUAUCUUGAUGCAAUGUAUUUGUUUUCCAUUAAGCUAUAUACUGAGUUUGUCUAUUAAUU